AUGAGCAUUUACAUACACGAAAACUUGGAGAGAAAGAGAGAGAGAUUUUGAUCUGUUGUUCUAAGGACGACCUCCACACGAAUUGUGCAUCAUAUAGUUUGAUUCUGGAAGGAAGGAGUCUAUAGAGAGAAAGAGAUGCAAGGCGUGGCGUUGAAUUCAUCAUAUCCAUACUGCAGGGCCCAACAAACCCUAGAACCUUCAUGUUCUCCUCGUUCCGCACCAACAACCCUCUUCCAUGCCUCUUCACCCGUUCUGAGCUUCUUGGGCAGUCGAAGAAGCAACCCCUUACGGCAGAGCUCGUCUUGUGCCGUGCGGUUUCGAUUGCAUGCGAGGAGACACAGACGAGCUGUGAAGGCUGUAGCUACUCCCGAAUCAGCUGUGGAAUUGUCCUUAACUGCAGAAAAUGUUGAGAGUGUAUUGGAUGAAGUUCGACCAUAUCUUAUUGCAGACGGGGGUAAUGUGGUACUGCACGAAAUUGAUGGCAAUGUUGUGAGGCUAAAGCUACAAGGAGCUUGUGGCUCCUGCCCAAGUUCUGUAAUGACUAUGAAAAUGGGCAUUGAGCGUCGUUUAAUGGAAAAGAUCCCGGAAAUAGUUGCAGUGGAACCGAUAGCUGAUGAAGAAACUGGCCUUGAGCUUAAUGAAGAAAACAUAGAAAUGGUCCUCGAAGAAAUAAGGCCAUACCUUGUUGGGGCAGCGGGGGGAUCUCUUGAGCUCGUAGGAAUUGACGAGCCAAUUGUAAAAGUCCGAAUCACAGGUCCAGCAGCAGGUGUUAUGACUGUUCGGGUGGCAGUUACACAGAAACUUCGUGAGAAAAUCCCGGCCAUUGCAGCGGUUCAACUUUUAUGAUAUCCCAACUUGUUAUAUGGAGCAUUUUAGCAAUACCUGUUUCUAAGUGGAAGAAUGAAGCUUCAGAAGGGAACUGGUGCAGCAGGCUGCCAUGCCAAGUGACGAGACAAACACUGUGUAUACCUUGUAUAUUCUCACAUAUUAGUUAUAGGGAUGAAAUAACAACUAUUAUUCUCUAUAUAUUUGAGCAUAUGCAAGUUGAUAGUAAGGUGAUUGGCAUUUUGAAUUAUAAAGCAUAUCAUUGAUCAUGUAUUUGACCAUCAAAUAAUUCAUUUUUUUUUGUGUGUA